AUGACUGUAUCAAACGGAUCUGCAACUAAUGGCCAUGGGCAAGCCAUUAUUGAUCCUCGAGUUGCUACUACGCCCAGCGCCCCUGAGAGACUUGCCCAUUUGCAGAAGGAAAUUGAAUCCCAUUCCCAGGCUUACACCAACGGCAACACUGAUGCGCGCCUGAAUCUCCUAGAGACAGCCCGGUCUCUCGUACAGGCAAUGGAAACACCCCAGGAGACCAUGCUGCGAUACUGCUGGGCCCAGCCGACAGCGUUCGCCGGCAUCGAAACCUGUAUCGAUCUGGGUAUCUUCUUCAUAUUAGCACAGACCGACAAGCCUAAGACAGUGGCAGAGCUCGCAGCCACAACAGGCGCGGAACCAGAACUUCUCGGUCGUAUCAUGAAGCAUCUCGCCACAAUGGGGGUCUUCAUUGAGACUGGUAUGGAUGAGUAUGGCCGCAACGGGCUAACUACCACAUUGUCUAUUAAGCGGUACAAUGAUGCUUGGCCGUGCAUUAAUGGAUGCACGCUUCCAGCAAUCAACGCACUACCCGCCUGGCUCAAGAAAAACGACUAUCGAAGUCCCACCGUAGGAACAGACUGUCCGUUUACCCUAGGAUUCAAAACCAACUAUCACUUCUUCGAAUUUCUUAACGGCAAGAACCCCGACUACCCCGAACUCGGCGCCCAAUUCAACAAUCUCAUGUCGGCCUACCACCAAGGCAGACCCAGCUGGAUGGAUGGGAAUUUCUAUCCUGUAGAGACUCUCAUCGAGGGAGCGAAGACCGGUGAAGAAGACGUUUUUAUCGUGGACGUUGGCGGGAACAAAGGACAUGAUCUGGAGGAGUUCAUAUCGAAGUGGCCCAACACACCGGGUAGAUUGAUCCUGCAAGACCAGCCACACGUUUUGAAAGAUAUCAAGUCAUUGAACCCAGCAAUCAAGUCCAUGGUGCACGACUUCUACCAGGAACAGCCUAUCAAGGGCGCGCGAGUAUAUUUCUUGCACUCGGUCCUACACGACUGGAAUGGCGAGACUUGCCGGAAAAUCCUGUCACAGUUGGUCGCGGCGAUGACGCCCGGAUACAGCAAGUUGCUGAUCAAUGAGAACGUUGUCCCCAAUACCGGGGCCCAUUGGCAGGCUACUUCCCUCGACCUGAUCAUGAUGGUGGAUCUUGCUGCCAAGGAGCGGACGGAACAGCAGUGGCAUCAGGUUAUUGAGCCUGUUGGUCUCAAGAUUAUUAAAAUCUGGACCCCGCUGGAUAGUGCUGAGACCAAGAAUUUCAAGUACACCACACCGGUUCUGGCAGUUCGAGAAAGCAAGCUGCAGGACACGGCCUUGCUGGCUUCGAAGGUGUAUCACUAUCUUGCUAGUCCCCAAGAUAUGAAAACACAUGUUCUGAAUAUCCUCGCUCUCCGAGAGAAAGAGGGUAUACUAGACCGACCUUUGAUUAUCUGGGAACCGGCCCCUCUUUCGUGCAGACCGGAAAACCUCGAAGCUUGUCUAGAAACCGCAGCUCUGGUCGACGUGUUCUCUCCAAACCAUUUAGAGCUGGCGGCAUUCUUUGGACAGUCGCCGGUUGCAUCCGAUAGAUCCGAGAUCGAAAGGCUGGGCGAGAAGCUCCUGGCUAGCGGAGUCGGCCCGGAAGGAAAAGGCGCGGUGGUUAUUCGAGCUGGUGAGAAUGGCUGUUUCGUUCAAUCGCGUAACACCGCUUCUCGAUGGCUACCUCCUUUUUACAAAGAAGACAUAGGAGAAGAGCAGCCUGCUAAAGUGGUUGAUCCGACUGGAGCUGGUAAUGCAUUUCUGGGAGGCUACGCUAUUGGAUACCUCCAAGGAAAGGGUGAUAUUCUUGAAGCGGCCUGCUACGGGUCUGUUGCAGCUUCGUUUGCAUUAGAGCAGGUAGGGAUGCCGGAGAAGAGCAACGAAGGAGGUGAAGAGCUAUGGAAUGGGGAGAGUGUUGUUCGAAGGUUGCAUGAAUAUAGGGCUAGGCAAGAAUUGUUGCAGUAA